AUGGAGGCCAUCAAAACCGAGCGCAAAGUCAAACAGCAGUAUGAGCUUAUGCGACGCCAGUCGAAGAACACAUUGGUGGUCAUAAACAACUUUGGUCACGUCGGCUGA